AUGUCGACACCUGGUAGCAUGGCCAGAGAGGCAAAAAAAGUCAAGCACAUGCUUGAGCUGUACAUUGCACUGUCCUAUGCACCAAACUCCUAUGUUGUGCAGACUCAUGUGCACUACAGAAAUUCGGUGCAGGUUGAGAACGGCGUCAUGACCAAGCGCGCCAAAGGAGUGAGCUACUGGAUGUGCAAGCAAUGCAGCUACACCACCCGCCACCGGGGCCACCUGAACCAGCACAUGACGGUGCACUCGGGCCAGCGACCCUUCGAGUGCCACCUGUGCCCCAUGGCGUUCAGCCGACGGGCCACGCUGGCCAACCAUCUGCAACUGCACGAGCGGGACCGGACGUUUACGUGCCGCUUCUGCCCCGCCACAUUCAAUGUCAAGUCGGCGCUUGACCAACAUGUCAAUGUGCACCUGACAUCGUAG